UAGUUUGUCUUCUUCUUUGGUCGCGUGCGGUUGUGUCGCGGCCGUCGAUUUAAAUUGCGUCGGCGGUAAUGUUUAUAAUAUCAGUUCAUCAAGCAGAGCUCGCGUGUGUGUGUUUGUGUUGAUGUUCCUCUGCGCGUUGUUUAUGUGUGUUUCGAAAUGCCGCCAAGUGCAAUUUGCAGCUAAUGAAUAUUAAGAACAAAAUGCUAAAAUCGUGUUACAAAAAAGAAAUUGUAUUUAACUGCAAGCAUGACGUGCUCUAAAGAAAACAAAAUGAAUUGGACGCUAAUGCUGUUAAUUAUCUGCCUGGCAUCGGAGCUAGUGAGCUCUGAAACGAAUUUACCGCCGGUGUUUACCCAGACCCUCAACAAUAUUGUGCUCUAUGAGAACGUGCCAGUGGGUACAGUGGUCUUUCGAUUAGAGGGAUUCGAUCCUGAGCAAAGCAAUGUUACAUUUGGCUCUAUUGGCUCUGAUCACUUUAGCGUAGAUCCAGUUUCUGGCAAUAUAACGCUGGUCAAGCCAUUGGAUCGCGAAGAAACGGACAGUUUGACAUUUUUGGUAUCGAUCAGAGAUCGCGUGGAUCCAAAUGGCGAAUCAGAGCAAGAUAAUGUUGUUGAACAGCCCAUUACAUUCAUCAUUCUCGAUGAGAAUGAUAAUCCGCCAGAGUUCCAGAAUACCCCUUAUGAGGCUGAUGUAAACGAAGAUGCCGUUGUGGGCACCACGGUUUUUGAUAAAAUUUUGGUCAAGGAUCGCGAUACAAUUGGUGACAGCCUUGAUCUAAAGUGUUUACCCCAGCAGCAAAGCCCUGAGGCAUGCAGCAAAUUCCGGUUGCAAUUGCUGACAAGAGAGGCGACCAUCUUAACAGCUGCAGUGGUGCUUAACGAUACCCUCAACUACAACCAGCGUAUGAUUUACCAUUUUCAAAUCGAGGCUAGCGAUGGAGCGCACAAAACACAGACAACAUUUGAGGUACGCGUCAAGGAUGUGCAGGAUAAGCCGCCAGUCUUCCAAGGCUCGCUAUCGACAGUCAUUGACGAGGACAGUCCCAUUAACACAUUGGUGCUCACUGUACACGCUCGUGAUGGUGACACAGGAGAACCCCGAAAAAUAGUCUACGAUUUGCUCAGCAAUCCCAACGAUUACUUCCUACUAGACUCUCACAGCGGCGAGCUGCGUACUGCCAAGCCUCUAGAUCGUGAGGCUUUAACUGAUUCGACGGGUCUUAUUCAGCUGAUGAUACGCGCCCGCGAACUGGUGAAUGGUGUGCCCAAUGAUGAUCCGCUGACAAGUGCUACGGCUAGAGCGACUGUGACCAUACGCGAUGUCAACGAUUCGCCUCCCACAUUCAAUAAAAAGGAAUAUGAAGUUUCACUGCUCGAAAACACGCCAGAGGGCACUCCACUGGCUCUGGACAUGAGCGUCAGCGAUGCUGAUGUGGGCAUCAACUCAAAGUUUGCGCUGCGAUUAGAGGACGUGUCGGGUGUGUUUGAUGUGGAGCCCAAGCUGGUGACAGGCUAUUCACAGGUCAACAUACGCGUAGCCAAUGGCACAUUGGACUACGAGAAUCCCAAUCAGCGCAAGUUCAUAGUCCUGGUGAUUGCCGAGGAGACGGACACGGAGCCCAAAUUAUCCUCUACGGCUACCAUAACCGUAAGCGUGCUGGAUGCUAAUGACAACAAGCCUAACUUCGAGCAGGAAAGCUACUCGGCCGCUGUCUCCGAGGCAGCCCUGCCAGGACAAUAUAUCACAACGAUUACUGCCAAAGAUGUGGAUUCGAGCAGCUUUGGUGAUGCCGGCAUACGCUACAGCCUCUCCGGCACCGGUGCCGAACUGUUUCAUGUCAAUGAGCAAACGGGCGUCAUUACCCUGGGCGAUUGCCAGCAGGAGCGCAACAGGCGCCAGCGACGUGACCUCCAUGAGAAUGACAGCGAUGGUCACGCACUCGAAAUGCUCUCCAUGGAGGCGGAACACAACGUCGACCAGCGACAGAUUAACACAGAACCCACCGUGCAAUACACUUUAAUCACGCAGGCGCCGUUGCAGUCUGAGCCGGCAGCGGGAGCGGCAACAGCAGCAGCCGAGGCAGCUGCUAAUGACGAAAAAACCGCCAGCAGCGAGGCGCCGCCGACGUGUCUGGACUAUGAAUCGGAGACCACGUACUUCUUGUCAUACAAGGCCACCGAUGACAAUGGACAAGGUCAGACCUCUGUGGUGUCCCUACGCAUUUCAGUGAGCGAUGCCAACGAUUCGCCGCCCAUAUGUGAGAGUCCCUUGUACCGUGCCAGUGUGGAUGAGGGCGCCUUUGUAUUUGAUUCCCCAUUGGUGAUAAAAGCACGCGAUGCGGACACAAUGUCUAGCAUUAGCUACCGGAUUAUCGGCUCGCCACAGAUCGAGAGCAUCUUUGACAUUGGCAAGCGCAGCGGCCAGAUUAGUAUACGCCCCAAUGCCAGUCUGGAUGUGACGAAUCUGAAGAGCGAGCAGCUCAUCUUUGUGGUGGAGGCCAAUGAUGGGCUCUUCACGGCCAACUGUGGCGUUAACAUCACAGUGCGCGAUGUUAACAAUCAUAUGCCUAGUUUUCAGCAGCAGAACUAUAGCGCUAUCGUCGAGGAGAACUCAGAAAUUGGCACCAGCGUUGAGAGGCUGCAGGCCACAGAUCUGGAUACUGGUAAGAAUGCCGAACUACGCUAUCGCAUACAGCAGGGCAGCUUCAAUGACUUUGACAUUGAUGAGCGCACUGGCGAGGUGUUCGUCUCCCGAAAGCUCGACUACGACAGACGGAACACCUAUCACCUGCAGGUGCAAGCUGCCGAUCAGGGCACCCCCAGUCUCACGGGCACCGCCACAUUGACAAUCAAUGUGCAAAACAGCAACGAUAAAGAUCCCUACUUCGUGCCUGCCACGCAGCACGCUGAGGUGCGGGCAGAUGCGCAAACUGGCCAACUAGUCUACACACUGAUAGCACUUGAUCCAGAUGUAGCCACGCAUAAUGCGCUCGAGUUUGCCGCCACCGAUGACAUUACAGCCAUCGACAAGGAGGGUAAGGAGCUGCCCCACAGCGAACAGUUUAAGGAAUACUUUGCCAUUGCCCGCAAUGGCAAAGUUCUCGUCAACCGGCAACUGGAUCGCAAUCUGUUCGCUGUCAUGCGCAUUAAUGUGCUCGUUACGGACAGUACGGCACCCAAUGUGCAGCAGGGACGCGGCCUACUCAUCAUACAGAUCAUCGAUGUGAAUAAAAUACCACCGAGAUUCAAUGCACCCUGGAGCCAAGAACAGCCGGUGAUUAAGCUGCAAAUGGUUGAGGAGCAACCAGUUGGUACAGUGCUGACCACUCUGCAGGCUAGCGACGAGGACUCCAGCAUUGGCGAGUUCAACAUAACGUCCAAUGAUUACUUUGCCAUCAAUCAGACUACUGGCGUCAUCUACACGACUGCCCGGUUGGACUAUGAGGCCGUUAAGGAGGUGAAAUUCAUGGCCACAGUCAGUGAUACAGGUGUGCCGCCGCUUACAGCAACAGCGGACAUUGUUGUUGACAUCAUCAACCUGAAUGACAACGAGCCGCACUUUACCCACUCUGAGUACUACUUCAAUAUAACAGAGAAUUCACCACGCGGCACCGUUGCUGGUAAAGUGGAGGCCCACGAUAUAGAUGUGGGCGCUUUUGGCGAGCUGACCUACACGCUUAUUGGCGAGAACAACAAAUACUUUAGCAUCGAUGCCUACACGGGCAACGUGAUGGUGGCCAAUGCAUCCAUUUUGGAUAGGGAGCAGCUAAAGGAACUGACUCUCUCCGUCGUGGCACAGGAUAAGGCACCAGCAACGGUGCAAAAGUCGGCAACGGCAACGAUACACAUAAACAUCUUGGAUGUCAAUGACAAUGCACCAGUUUUCACGCGCACCGUAUACAAUUCGACGGUGUCGGAAAAUGCAGCGUAUCAGCCACCGGCUGCACUGCUGCAGGUGCAGGCUAUAGAUCUGGAUGAGGGUCUAUACGGAGAUGUGCGCUACAUUAUAACGGCGGGCAAUGAGCUGGCACUGUUCAAACUGGACGCACAAUCGGGCAUCAUUUAUCCGGCCCAAAGCUUGGCCGGCAAACAUGGUGUCUACGAGUUGCUGAUCUCUGCCCGUGAUACCCAGGGAUCGGGCACCAUGGAGAGCACCGCAAGAGCAAUCAUUACGGUGUUGCGCGUAAAUCGGCAUCGUCCAGAGUUUGUUAUUCCUGCUCUGUCGAAUGCUACAAUUGAAAUACCUGGUGACAUUGUGCAACCGGACUAUUUGCUGUUGACAGUCAAGGCGUUGGACAAUGAUACCGAUGGUAGUGGCAAGAUCAGUUACCAUCUACAGGUGAACAAUCAAAAUGUGCAGCAGACGACGGAGUUCAAGAUCGAUGAGGCCAGCGGAGAGCUGCGUGCCAGGCAGCAGCUCAACCGCAAGAAUCGCGCUACCUAUGAUAUUAUAUUGGUUGCACGUGAUGCCGGUAAUCCGCCAUUUGAAUCGCUGCGUCUGCUGACCGUCAGCAUUGUUGAUGCAAAUGAGAAUCGCCCCGAGUUCCCGGACGCCUCCAAUCCCUACAAAGUCUCGAUUAAUGAAAACAGCGGUCGUGAUGUUAAGAUUGGACACAUUCAAGCAGCCUCACGCAGCAAACACAAUCGUGAUAUAUUCUACUAUAUGUUGCUCGGCAAUGAGGAUGGCGCAUUCUAUGUAGACAAACUGACUGGGGAUAUUUACACGAACAAAAGCUUGGAUCGUGAGCAGACUGAUGCAUAUACUCUGUACAUCUUGGCCAGCAUCAAAGCAGAUUUGCAUAUAUCCGAAGAGGAGCGCGCCUCGUUUUCCAUCAAGACACUGAAUCGGGACAAUACUGUGGCCAAGGUCGGCAUUACCGUUCUGGAUGUGAAUGAUAAUGCGCCGGUGUUCGAGAAAUCCGUUUACUAUGCGGGCGUCAACGCCAAUGCCAAGAUGAAUGCGGCUAUCACGCUGGUCAAUGCCAGCGAUGCGGAUCAGGGUAAAAAUGCCAAAAUCGAGUAUAUGAUUGUUGCCUCCAAUCUGUACAAGUUUGGUGCCACCAAAUCAACGGGGUCCAUUGUGCCCAGUCCCUUUGCUAUAUCGCAGGAUGGCCGCAUCACGGCUAAUACCAUAAUGGCGGAGUAUAAUCAGGAUCGUUUUGAGCUGGAUAUUGUUGCACGUGAACUGGAGCAGCCACAGCGAUCGGCCAAUACCAAAGUUUAUAUUUGGGUAUUUGAUGGCACACAACUGGUUAGGGUGAUUCUAUCGCGCCCGCCCGAAGAGGUCUAUCAGGAGCAGGAAGAAAUUAUAGCCGAGUUACGAAAUGCUACACAGCAUCGCAUUAUUGUGGAUGAGAUACGUUUCCACUUGGACUCAAUUGGACGCAUUCGCAUGGAUUGGUGUGAUCUGUAUUUCCAUGCCGUAGAACCGCAGACACAACAAAUUGCGCCUGUCGAUGAAAUACUCAAGGAUAUUGACAGAAACUAUGAUUAUCUCAAGGAUUACUAUGCUGGCUUUGCCAUUGAGAAUGUAGUGCCCGCUUACAUAGCCAUUGUGCAGGAUGAGUUUGAUUUGGCUGUUGCUGGUCUGGUUGCUCUGGUCAUAGUGCUCUUCGUGGGCGUCAUUAGUUUUAUUGUGCUCUGCUGUUGUCUAAAGCAUUGGAAUCUCUCUGUGCCCGUUGAGACGCGUCGCAAGGAGGCUUUGAUCAAAAAGCAAAUCAUAGAGGAUUUGAAUACGACCGAGAAUCCACUGUGGAUUGAACAAAAGCUCAAAUUGUAUGAGGAACAGGAGCUCACCAUGCAGGUCUUUUCGGAGCCCGAUCACAUAUCAAAUUCGGAUGCGCCCGGGCAUUUGGAUCACCGCAGCUCGCUGGAGCAGGUGCAUCAUGGCCAGUCGGUGGACAAUACGUAUGCCACCAUACAACCACGCAACAAUCAGAAUCGCCUGACAGCCGGCUCAGGCAGCAAUGGUGGUGGUGGUUCCAUCUCCAUGCGCAGCGGUGGUGCGGGCAGUGCCGGCGGCAUCGGUGGUGCUGGGCUGCUGCUAACCCGCGUCGAUCCACAUGUCAACGAUUUUGCAGACUAUGCAACACUCCGCAACAAUCGAGCCCCUUCUAUGUACGAGUUCACAGGCUCCACAUUCCAGGCACCAAUACGAGAUGGCGACGAUGCCGUAGCCGAGCUUAUUUAAGCAGUCAAAACUGCAGCUAACUGCUAACUUGUAAAUUAUAUAGUAGCUUACUAUAUAGAGAACACCUUGAUAUGGCUUAGUUCAACUGAUCUGAUCUUUUGCAUUUCUUGAGUUUGCCGUUGCGUAAAUAGAAAAUAUUUAUACAAGUGCAUAUAUAUGUAGACACAAGCAUAUAUAUAGAGCAUAUAUACAUAGCGUAGUAGUAUUAUAUGCCAACGAAUAUAUAAAACUCACAUAAUCGCGAGAAAACAUAAUAAAACGUAACAGUAUGAAUGUAUUAAAUUGUGCAAAUAGCUACAAAGCAAAACCCCAUAGUGGAAUUUCUCCCGCAUAAAUAAUGACAAUAAUAUAUAUGAAGAAAACACAUAUAUAUAAAUCUAUACAUACAUAUAAAUCUAUAUAAUGAAUAUAUUCAUAAUGUCCAACUUAAUGUGUAAGCGUUACACAUAUAUGACUAGAUAUGGUUGCAAUUACUGGUUUACUUUACUCGAAUAACGCCGCGAUAUUAGUUUAAACGCCCACUCAUUUUGUAUUACUAAGUUAUACCACUUAGAAAAGGACUAAAUUAUUUGCUCUUCCAAUUCGUAUUACGUUAGUUUUCGGUCUUUAACUGUUAGCCCUAAGUUUAUAGUUUAAUUAGCCGCGCUUGCUCAUACACAUUAUUAGUAAGUUUAGUUAAAUAUAAUAUAUAGAAUACAUAUGUGCAAACAACUCUUGUGCAGUUGCCCACUGCUCUAUUGCAUCCAUUAGAACAGAGUCAUAGCUCAUUUCUUUGCAUUUACAGUAUACAUACGAUAUAAUAAAUGGUCAAAUAAACAAGUUA